AUGCUUCUACAGUUCACAGAAGGGGCUCAAAAGCCGCAGACUUCUCAUCAUUCAUCAGUUGAUACUCUUCCGCAGACACCAUCAAUUCCAUCUGCCCAAAGAGAGGCCUCAGGCAAUGCUUCAGCAGCAGCUGCUCAGACAUGGAUGUCUUCAGGGGCAGGAGGGUUUAAACUAGGACCUGAGAAUUCUGGUUCAUCCAAAAAUCAGAUUUUUGCAGAUUCUCUUCACAACUCAACAAGAGAGUUCCAUCAGCAUAUUUCAAGAAUUCAGGGAGAGUUUCCUUCUGGUGGAAUGUCUCUCCAGUCUAAUAAGAACAAUUUUCCAUUUCAUUCAUAUAGACCUCAACCUAGUCACGUAAGUGUUGUUUCACAGUUGCCCAACCGACCUAGGAUUUUCCCUCAAUCAACAUUCGCGGACCAAUCUAGAUUUCAAAUGCAGACCUCUUGGCAAGGUCUCAGUCCUCAAAGCCAACCAAGGCAGAAACAAGAAACUCUUCCGCCUGACUUGAAUAUUGAUUGUCAAUCUCCAGGGUCACCUGCAAAACAAUCUUCUAGUGCUGUUGAUUCACAGCAACCAGACCUAGCUUUGCAAUUAUGA